CACACAUACACACAUAUAUAUCUUCUUCAUCUUUUUUCCUAUCACACUUUUACCAAAAGACAAAAUGGGUACAAACGUAAUUAAGGAGAUGCCGGUGGUGAGCAAAAUGUUUUGUUCGUCAACCCAGGUGGUUCUAGGGGUUAGAACACGGCCUCACGCUGUCGGUGGUGGUGGUUUUGUGGUAACCAAUUUGCAAAGCCAAGCGAUCGUCUUCAGGGUGGAUGGUUGUGGUGUUCUUGGCAAAAAGGACCAGAUGACUCUCACAGAUGCUUACCAAACCCCUUUGCUUCUCAUCCGUCGGAAGGGAGGUAUAGUUGAAGCUUUAAGCCUCUAUAAACAAUGGGGAGGUUAUACUGUAGAAUCUCAAAAGUUGGUCUUUACAUUGAAAGAUCCAAAAACAUGCUUUGCAAACAACCAACCCGUAAGGGGUUCAAUCGAACAAAACAUCUACUGCAAGAACUUUCAGAUAAAGGGUUAUUUCCAAGAUAAAGAAUGCAGUAUCCUCGACUCUGGAGGCAAUGUCAUAGCCCAGGUUGGGGUGAGUAAGGAGAUGACGGAGACCAAGGAUUUAUAUCAUGUGGUGGUGAAACCAGGGAUUGAUCAAGCGUUUGUGGUGGGUGUAAUUGCGAUUCUUGAUUACAUUCAUAAUGGAUCUACCAGAUGUUGAUUAAUAAUAAAGUAGAAGAAUGAAGAUUUGAUUGCUUGCAAGAAUUUCCCAUGUAUUUUGGUUACGUAAGGCUGAAGAAAAGAAUUUUCCGGAAGAAUUUAUUUGGAAUCAAUGUAUAGAAAGUUUGAACAUUAACUAAUUUGUGUAUAUCCACGUGAUCAAUGUAAAUACUUGUCUUCCUCAUCAAUUAAGGACACAUGUCCAUUUAAGAUUUAUUUAUA